AUGAGAGCAAUGAAAUUAAAGCUUGUUAACUGGAUUGAGAACAUGAAGUUCAAAAAUGAUAAACAAGCCAACUAUGCAUCAUCAGUUCUCAAUCAUCAGCAAAGUGGUGGCAGGAGCCAUCUACAAUGCUAUCACGUGACAGUACACAGCAACAACCUGUUCGCUGGUGCUAAGUUUGAGAUCUGCAAGGGUCACUUGGCUAAUGACUACAUUACCGUUGUUAUCAAAACAUGGACAGAAGAGCUGAAUUCCAGAGGCUGGUUGUCCUGGAUUGGGAAUGGAAUUGUCAUCUCCAUCAUGUACAAUCGAAGACUGGCACUUGAACCUCAAGAUUAUCUGACAUUCAAUCUUGCAAUAUCAGAUGCCAGCAUUUCCAUUUUUGGAUACUCACGGGGCAUAAUUGAAAUAUUCAAUAUUUUCCAAGAUGAUAAGUUUAUCAUCACAUCUAUUUGGACUUGUGAAGUGGAUGGGAUUUUGACUCUGCUGUUUGGUCUGAGCAGUAUUAACACUUUGACAGCCAUCAGCAUCAUCAGAUACAUCAAAGGCUGCAAACCGCAUCAAGUUUACAGGGUUAACAAAUCUAAUGCUAUACUGGCCUUGUCUAUUGUGUGGCUGGCAGCUCUUUUCUGGUCUGCAACACCUCUUCUAGGAUGGGGCAGUUACGCAGAUCGCUUGUAUGGCACAUGUGAGAUCGAUUGGAUACAGGCAGCAGUCUCUAUUGUCUACAAAUCCUAUGUUAUUGGUAUAUUUCUCUGCUGUUUCUUCUUCCCUGUUUCAGUCAUGAUUUUCUCAUAUGUGUCCAUAAUAAAAAUGAUUAGAUCCAGUCACAAAUGUGUCAGAAGAGGAGAGAUCAGUGAACACCAGCGUCAUAUUGAACGAGAAGUGACACGGGUGUCUUUUGUUAUCUGUACAGCCUUUAUUCUGGCUUGGUCCCCCUAUGCAGUCAUUUCCAUGUGGUCAGCCUGUGGUUACAGUGCACCAGCUAUCACCAGUGUCCUCGCUUGUCUCAUCGCCAAAUCUGCCAGCUUCUACAACCCCAUCAUUUAUUUUGGCAUGAGCCCCAAGUUCCGCAAGGAGGUGCAAGCUCUCUUCCAUUGCCGGCAAGCAAAGAAUAAUGAAAGCUUUGCGAAACCUGAGAACCAGUCUAAUGUGAGGAGCAAACUGGUAAUUAGAAAUCAGGCUGACAAGUACCAGAAAUCCCUUCCUAUAGCUAACAUCCCAGAAUGGAAUGCAGACUUGGACAAUACUGCACCCAUCAUAACUGUAUCCUCUAACUUAGAAAAGAAACAGGCACCAGGACAGAAAGGUGAAUCAGAACACCUUUAA